CCAUACGCCUUAUCAGAUAUUGCAACAUUUUCACACGUGUAUACCUACCUACUCAGUACGGAGGCCAAAUUUUGCAAAAAUUGUCAUUCUUGCGUUAUUCUGUGACCAACAAGUAUGGCAGAACGUUGGAUUGGACGAGUGGCCUUGGUUACGGGUGCGUCCUCUGGUAUAGGUGAACAAGUCGCUCGGAAGUUGGUUGGGCAUGGAAUGAAGGUUGUAGGAUGUGUAAAAGAUGACGUUUUUCAUAAUCUCCAGGCAAUCGCCGAUGAAGUCAACUCCCAGAAUGGAACUGGUCUUCUUCAUCCAGUGAAGUGUGACGUCACCAAAGAAUCCGAAAUCUUAGCCAUGUUUUCUGAAAUUAAGGAUAAGUUUGGUGGAGUUGACAUUUGCGUUAACAAUGCUGGUCUUUCGAUUGACAGUCCGUUGCUGUCUGGAAAAACAGAACAAUGGCGAUACAUGAUGGAUGUAAACGUGAUGGGAGUGGCAGUCUGUACACGAGAGGCUGUACGCCAGAUGAUGGAAAGAGGAGUCGAUGAUGGGCAUAUUGUUUUCAUGAACAGUUUGUUAGGACAUACUGUACAUGUCGGGUCAGAUAUGGGAUUUUACGCUGGAACUAAACACGCGAUAACAGCUCUUGUGGAGGGAUUCAGACAAGAGCUUCGAUUGAAAAAUUCACACAUCAGAGUUACGAGCAUAUCACCCGGGAAGGUUGAUACACUAUUCUACACGAAUAUGUUUGGAAAGGAAAAAGCUAAAGAAAUGACGAAGAUCCUUAAGUAUCUUCAGCCCGAAGACAUAGCUAAUUCAAUCAUCCAUGCUCUGCACGCACCACCACAUUGCCAGGUUCAAGAAAUUCGUAUCCGUCCAGUUGAACAGAGCUAGUAGAAGACUACCACCAUCUGUAUAUCAAUGUGCUCGAUGUGUUUUAAAACAGAUACUUUUAGCUUAGUCCUCUGUUUAAUCAUGGAGGAAAGAAAAGCAGCUUUUCUUUCCUUCAUGUUUAAUGUAUGAUGCAUAAUAUUGUAAUAUGAACAGUAUGGACAUUAAUCAGAAUAGCUAUAAUAUUUUUUCAUACCUAUUUGUUGCUAUGAAUUAAAUAUAAAAAAAAAUAAACUUACUAUAGCU